UCAAUUUUUCGAUAAUCCUAUCACAAUGUUGUAUUAUCAUUAUCAUUGUUUACCGAGUAGUAAACAAUGUACGCUAACACUCGAAACGCCACAGCAACUGAACGUUGUCCGUCGGCGGUCGGCCGGUUAUUAUUAUUUUUGGUUAUUGCUGUACUUCCAUAAACGUUUUACGUGUCGUCUAUACGUAUAAUAUUAUUUUGUGCGUAAAAUGAACGCUAAAUGUCUAGGGUUUUUGUUCGUGUUCAUCGGUCCUGCGUAUUCAGAGACUUACAGUGAAGAAUUGUUUAUUAAGCCCUUGGCCACCGGCUACGUGUACUCGUUCUUUCAGUUCACAGUCAUCCGCGAAGACGACUCUUUUAAGCAUUCCACUCUGUUUCCACACUCGUUGGGAGACAUAAUCGAUAGAUUUCAUGUAGCAGAACUCAACGUCGACCUUACUUCCGGCCUGUGGAGACACAAGUCCUGGGGUUAUCCGGCCGUCGACGCCCCAUCUGGCGCUGAGAUAUCUGCUCGUUUCCACAAUGACACACAAGACGUAGACAAGAACUGGUACGGCCUGACAAACGCGCUGUCCGGUUUGCUGUGUACGUCGUUGAAUUUCAUCAACAGUGCUAAUAGCUAUGAAUCAUCUGCCGACAGGGUCUAUCGAUAUUCAAAUUUACCGCGAGAAAAUGUCUGUACUGAAAAUUUGACGCCGUGGAAAAAGCUUUUGCCUUGUGAUUCUACUAGAGGCCUGUCGAGCCUAUUAAACUCAGGCCGCGUGCACAAUGCCAACUAUCACUCCUUGGGAAUUCAUUUCAGGCCGUUAUGUAAUGCAGGGAAAUGUAAAUAUGAACUCCGCCAAACCGUUUCUCUAGUAUACGAUUCGGUGUUCAUAAGUUUCAAUAACAACUAUGAUUGGUCUCUCCGCAAGAUGUUUGGUACUGGACUGUUCAAGACGUGCCCUUUGGCAGAUUACAGUAAAAUCUAUUUAGAUACAUCAUCAAAUAGUAGUGUUCCUUAUUUGAUUUCACAAGAACCAGAUUAUAUUUUGAAAAACAAUAUUGCUGUUUAUAAUCUAAACGGCAUAUUUCAUUUGUCUGCUAUAGUGCCUAGACCAAAAAUAGUUGUGUCUGAAUUACGGCCAUUACUAUACACAGAUAGAUUUAUCACUGGAUUUGGACAAGAAUAUGGAGGGCUAGUUACCCGUAUUUACAACGAUCAUAGGUCGUCUAUAAUCGCCACCGUCAUUGAGAAUAUCCCAUGGUUCUUACCAAUUUACUAUCAUACAUUAAAAGUGACCAGCAAUGGUGUUCGUGUCACACCAAAAGCUUUAAUUUAUAAACCUGGAAAAGGAAGAGUACGAAUUUACUAUUUAGAAAUAGUUUUAGAGCUUGCACCACGUUCGGUUACAGAAAUAUCUGUUCAGUUUGACUAUGUGUUCUUGAAGUGGCAAGAAUAUCCACCAGAUGCUAAUCACGGCUUUUAUAUUGGCUCGGCUAUAGUGAAAGCCACAAUUCCGAGACAUGCCACUUCUCUAACGUUUGAUAAGUCAUUGAUUAUAGACAAUCUAAAUUCAACUGGAUCCGAUUACUUAAUUUGUUUGAAAACAGAAAAUUUCAUCAUCACACUACCAACGCCUGAUUUCAGUAUGCCUUACAAUGUCAUAUGUUUAGCUUGUACUGUAGUAGCAUUGGCGUUUGGGCCAAUUCACAAUAUUACUACUAAAAGACUGAAAUUGACUACAGCUAAGUAUGUGCCCGGUUUAGCAUCUGUUGCACAGAAAUUGUAUGUUUGGUUGGAAAAUAUAUUUUGGAGUAAAAAGAAAAACAAAACUGGAAAAGCAGCAGUAGUUAAAGUUUUUGUUCCUGAAGAGUUGAGUUACCAUCCAACAUUAGGUCAUGUAUCUGAAGAAUUCAUGAAAGAUAAAGUGGAUUAUAUAGCAUCAUAAUUAUAUAACACACUUGUUUGUGUUGUAAAUAUUAUAUAUUUAAUUUGAUAAAACAAAUAUUACGUUACCAAAUUUAUCUAUUGUGUAUAUUUUAAAUUCAAUAACUUAUUUUAAUUAAAUACCUACCUACCUAAUAUAAACAUAAUAUAGGUCAGGAAUGGCAAAUGGGUAACAUCACUGCAAAAAAUUAAAAUACUUAUUAUUUUUAAAUAAAAAUUAAAUAUAAUUUAAAAAAACCAUAAUUUUUUUCUUAUUUAUAUAUAUUUCAUACAUUAUUGGCACGUAGAAAAAAAAAAACAAAAAAAUCAGUUUAUUUUAAUUUUUUUGACAUGUAACAUUAGAAAAACUUGCCAUCCCUGCUAUACCUAGGUAUUCAAUUUAAUUAUACCCUUUUUUUCAUGUUUGCAAAUAAAAUAUUGUCUUAAUUUCAAUAAAUAAGUCUAUAUAACAUGUUUUAUAUUUGUUUGGAUUUUAUAAGUAUAAUAUUUUGUAACAAUAUAGGAUUUGAUAUUAUAAAUAAUGUUAAUUUUAAAAUUCAUCUUUCUUGCUGUACUUUCAUAUAUUUCUUACUGUACUUUCACAUCUUUCAAGUUUUUUUUUUUAUAUCUAUUCAUUCUUUAUAUUUAACUGGUUUUAUUCAAUGUACUAAUAGUCACGAUAAAAAUUAUUUUGUGAUAUCCAAAACAGUGUUUUAUAUAUUAUUAUAUACAUAAUUAUAUAGCUUAUUACUUAUAUUAUGUUAAUAGUUAAUGCUAAUAAAUAAUAUUUGCUAGCAAUAAUUAAAUAAUUGUGGAGUUCAUAAUGUAAACUUUAUUUUUAUGAGGUUAAUUUCUCAAGUUACAUGUUUAUUAUUGUAAUAUUAUUAUUAAUUAAAUUAGUCGUUUGAGAAACCCUACUUGUCAAAAAAAAAAAAUUGAAUCAAUUUUAUUGCAGUUUUGCUCAUAUGUAGAUUUACACAUUUCAAGAAACUCCAGACUCAUCCAUCAUUAAAAAUAAUUUAGAAUCCAAGAUAUUACCCUUUUUAGUCCAUAAUAUGUUAUUUUUAUUUUUCAAAGUUUGGGUUUGAGGUAAAUCAAAUUUCUUAAACGACUGAUUCAAUUGGUUUAGAUUGUAUUAUUUAUUUUAAAAUAUAAUACUUAAUUGCUAAAACAAAUUUAGAAGUAAAACCCCUGGCAAUAUAAUAAACAUUUUAGUAUGUUUAUUUUUUAUUUUGUAAUAGAUUAUACAAUUUAGUUUUAUUAACCUUUUAAAUAUUAUAUGCCUCGGUUAGAAUCUUUCGAAUAAAAGCAAUACAAUUGCUUUCAUUAAUUUAAUGUUAGGCUUGAAUACAUAAGUUUCUGUAAGGUCAAACAAUCACAAUUUUUUUUAUUAAAAAUAUGAGUAUGUGAAAAUAUUCUAUAAUUUUGUUUUCUGAUUUUGUGUGUUUUAGUUCUUUGAUAUCAUUAA